GCUCUCUACCCGCCUCCUGAUCGUCUCCACCGGGUGGUCUCGUUCCGGUUUUUCCUCUUUAGCGGCCUUGCUCCCCUGCUUCUCGAUCUCGUCUCCCGAUCCGCGCGUGGGAUUGGGUCUUGGGUUCUCUCGAUCCGUUUAGGGCGAAACGAUCCGAGGAUUUCCCGAGGAAUUCGUUUUUUUCGCUUGGUUUUUCCGGUGUAAGUUGAUGGAUGUUCGAAACCUUUCGAUCUCUGCCAAAGGAGUCGGUUCUUUUCUUGUGAUUUAUGCUCGAAUCUCUGGUUUUAUUGGUUUUUUCUAGGGAUUUUCAACUAAAAAUUGAAUUUCUUCGUGCAUGUGCUAACGAAUUUUGGGUUGUUUUCUGAUUUUUUUUUUCCCUCUCUGAGUUGAUGGAUCUGUGAAGCUUUUAGACGGAAGGUUAAUAAAUUGGUUCCUUUCAUGAGGUCUGUGCUUGGUUAUUUGAAUUUUGUCGGUAUUCUAGGGGAAGUUCCGCUCAAAAUUGGAGCUUUUUAGGGGAUUAGGGUUUAGAAGUGGUUUGAUUUCUCGUUUAUGAAUAAAGUUUUGGUCUUUUUCUGAUGUGGAUUUCGGCGCUGCAAGGAUCUAAGAGUGGUUGAAGAGUUUGAACAGCAUGCGUCGGCUGAGCCUUUCCGUCGAUGUUCUCCGGAAAGUUAUUUCCUUGAACUUGUAUUGUAGGGUUAUUCUUUAACUCUGCUUCCGUUUCCCCUGCUUGUCUCUUUCUACUGCUUUCCUUCCUUUCUCUUGGUGCAUGGCAUCGAAGCCAUAUUCCCUUCCAACUCAUUGAAACCUCGUAACGAAAAAGACGAGAAGAAGGGGACUUCUUCUUUUUCUUCUUCUGGUCUACUAGACUCGUCUAAAUCGCCUUCUGUGAAGAGUUGCUGAGUUGUCUUGUCUUCCCAUUUCUUUUGGUUUCUUUCCGUUUUCUGGUGGACUGGUUCGAGUUCGAGGGACAGAAGAGUAGUAAUGGUGUGCCAAGCGGCGACGCAGACGAGAUUCCGAGCAUUGAAACAUGAGAAUGGGAUCGCCGGUAGCGCCACCAUAAUCGUUAGGAUCAUAGCUUGCUUCCAGCCAUUACAGGAUUGCCAGGCCCAGUACUUCCGCCACCUCCUGAAGCCCGUUACGUAGAUUAGCUUCUUUUCGUCCGCUUCAUCAAAUAAAGUUGGAAAUUUUACGGUUUCUGGAAGAGAUUAUUGUGGAUAAGACAUUCAAUCUUUGCUGAUUUCUGCCUGUGGUGUUUUAGGUGAUUGCUUUGUUCAUUUUUGUCGAUGGGGAAGGACUUUGAUCCUUGGAUCCACUUGCUGCACUCACCCUGGCGAUUUGGUAACUCGAACUGUGUGAGUACUCACCGGCAACCCGAUGUGAACACCAAUUCUGCGGUGUUUCCAACUUACUUCAACCCUUAUGGGUGUGCCUUCUCUGGCAAUGCUGCCACCCCCUUCUCUGGGUUUCAAGCGCACAAAUCCCUUGAGAAGACACCAGCAUUGAUCCCGCCCUCGAUCCAUGCUUUUGGACUGCCGGAAUUCACUAAUCCUGAGAAGAGAUUCCUUGUUUUCGAUCACUCGGGGAAUCAAACGAACUUAAUCUUCAGCUCAUCGGGCGCUCUGUUUAUGAGUCCAGGUCCCCUGAAUCCAGGACUGGACCAGCAGGGGAGCAAAGAAACCAAUGUUUCCGAUGGGGAUGGCGGCGAGGAGAUGCACGAAGACACUGAAGAGAUCGAUGCACUUCUGUACUCGGACUCCGACGAUGACCACAAGGAAGAAGAAGCCAGCACGGGGCACUUCCCGGUCGAGAUGACGGCGGUGAGUGCCGAGGAGGUUGCUAGCUCUACCGUCCCUGCCAAGAGAAGAAGAGUUGAUGUGGAACUCGACGCAUCGCUCGUGGACACCGCAAGCUCCGCGGUGGCAGUAGCUGACCACUACCAUGACUUGCACGCAGACGGUAGGAACAAGGAUACCAGAGACGAUGCCGAGUCGAGCUGCGUGAGGGGUGGCGAGAAAAGGGAACUGAUAGAAGAAGAGCUAGAAACACGCCAUGACUCGAAGGAUGGAAACAAGCGGCUGAAGAGGGCGAGGAUACAAGAGACAGUCGGCGUGCUGCGAAGAAUUAUUCCAGGCGGAAAGAGCAAAGACGUGGCUACCAUCCUCGACGAAGCCAUUCGCUAUCUCAUGACCCUCAAGCUGAAAACCAAGGCUCUGGGUGCUACUCUACCGUAGCACCAGCACCAGCAGUAGCCCCACCUUUAGCGGUGGCUAGCGCUGUGUAUGUAUGUGGUUGUGUUUGUGUGUGUUAUUAGCAGAAGUAGAAACAGUAGGAUGGGCUUUUUUCUCUCCUCAUGCAUAAUGAGGGAGAGAGACGGGCAAAUGGGGAGGUAUGGAUUGCACCCGUUGGGGUCCAAACGGAAAGAGAGAGAAGCCAACGGGUUUUCUCCACACGUCUCCAAUGAUUGAAGGUGGGAAUCAGCACUCCAGAGCACUUAUUUGCGGGGAUGUGAGUCUGCUCUCUGUGUGUGUCCACGGGCUUUUGAUGGUGGGGGAAGACCCGGAGAAGGGAGGAUGAUGGUCCAAUAAAGCAGUCGUAUAGUGUCUUUGUGUGCUCGUGCGUGUGCUGGGUCUAUGAGUGACGGAAGGAGAGUGGGAGCAGUUCCUUUUGACCGAAAGGCCAUGAUGGAGGCCUUCAGGCAGUCCGCGCGCGUGUGGCGGUGGCUUCCGGAAGGGCGGGCGGGUGCGCGCGUGCGCGGGGGCCGCAGCCUGUCUUUUAUGCCCUCUAGAGCUUGUGAUUUACCUUGAAUCUCGUUCAUGAUUUCCUGGGAACAUGGUGAUCUCUUUUCUGUUUCUUUUUUGACGUGGAGACUGUAUCAUUUGCCUUUGUUGGAGGCCGUUCUAGAUGAAGAAUGGAUGCAUGGGUGGUCUGGGUGGCGAUCCGAUGGGGAUGGUUCUGUUUUUGAGCUAGUGCGAGGUGGGAUGAUUGGACCCUGCUGGAAGGCCCGCUGGAUAUUUGUGGAGUGAAUGACCAAGGGCUUGAACUACUGAAAUUGGGUUCCCAUGCAUUGUUCCAUAAAGACUUUUGGAUGAGUACCACUUUUGCUUCCACGAUUGCAUCUGCUGUGAUCUAUUUCGAUGAUCUAUCUGUGCCUACCGUCAAUUGUCAUGUCUUGUUAUAUCAUGGUGAUAUGUAAGGCAAGAAAUUGGUGUUCUCGCAUGGUCCGCAGCAUAUCCCCUCUGUGGUGUUGGCCUUGAGUGGUUCCGCGGUUUGAUCGAUGUUGCUGGUUUGCACUGGCAAUUUGAUCAAUAGAUACUGCUUCAAGUUUGAAUGAAGAUCUUGUUUUAAUAUCGCUUUUGAUUCAUAAGGAAUAGCGAAUUAUGAUUAAGUGUGAUCUUGGCAUGAUUCAUGAAUAUUUUCCAGAAAUUCUUGUUUCUUUU